UAAUCUGUGACGUUUUUAUUAUAAACUAAAGUUUUGGUUGUCUGUGGGACUUCGCGAUCCACUGCUGGCCGCCGGUGCAACAAACAGUUCGUCAGUAACCGCGGCGGCAAUGGACCGCGCCCUUGCAUUACUUUACUCUUGUCAACUUUGUUUAUAAUAAAAAUUCAAUAUAACGCAAGAUUUGCACUACGCUAAACAUUCUCAAGCUAUUCGUUACCUACUUAUUGUGUUCGUGUUUUCUGUUUCUUACGUUUUCCCCUUGAUUAUGAUUUGGGUUUUUCUGAUUUGUGCACCUUUAGUUUUCCUUUUCCUAAAUGUAUCAUUUGACCCACCCUUAAUGUUAAAAAUUAAAUGUUAACUAAAUAUGUCGCUAAACCAGUUCAAUGGUGCGGUGCCGCGCACAUUAUGAUUUUUUUGUUUUUAUUAAUUCUCCAGACUUAUCUCGGUCUGGUUUCGUCUAAAUAACAAAUGCAAUCUAAAAUUUACUGAUAAUCAAAAUUGUAGCUUAAUUUUCUUCAUUAAAAUAUUUCUUUUCUGUUUCCUUUAUUUCUAUUCCUGUUGUUUUGUUUGUGUUAUAUUAGAGCAGACUCCUGCGCACGGGAGCGCCUCGAGCUGUACAAACACGUAAGGAUGGACUAUUGGCACUACAAGUAGCUCGCACUCAGAUCAGCAAACCGCUUCGGUAUCACAGCACUGAUACGUUCAAAAUUCUAUUUGGACUCAAUUGCCUUACAACUAAGAGUACAAUUCACGUAAUUUUCCAAAUUAAGUAAUCCGGCCACGCUUGUAGGUACCACGGGACCGCGGCCCGCACCAGACACCAUCAUUUUGUUUAUUUUCCUUAUGUUUAGUUGAUCAUGCUUCUUAUAUUGAUUUCACGCAGAUGAGGAGAUUAUAAAAACUAUUUUGGUCGUGUACGUUGAUUGUAAUUAAUUGUUGAUAUGUCUUGUUCAUGUGAAUUUGUGUUGUGUAAUCGGGACUUACCGCCGCGCCCGCACUCGCCUUCGUGCUUGGAACGGUGGCUGCCCACCAAUAUGUGACACCCGACCCCAAUCAACAGCUAGACGUAUCGUAGCUCUAGUUAUACUGGCCGAUUGUGCAUGAAGGUAACAAAGCAUUCCUUCAACGAAUGCUGACGACGGAAUACUCCGUACAGUUAACGUUUCGGGAACAAUGGUUAGAUGAACGGCUGAAAUUCAAUAAUCUUGGAGGUCGCCUCAAAUACCUGACACUGACCGAAGCGAACAGAGUCUGGAUGCCUGAUCUGUUCUUCUCCAACGAGAAGGAAGGUCAUUUCCACAACAUCAUCAUGCCUAACGUGUACAUUCGUAUCUUCCCCAACGGCAACGUGCUGUACAGCAUCCGAAUCUCUCUGACGCUCUCGUGCCCCAUGAACCUCAAGUUGUACCCUCUGGAUAAGCAGACCUGCUCCCUCAGGAUGGCUAGUUACGGUUGGACCACAGACGACUUGGUGUUCCUAUGGAAGGAAGGCGACCCGGUGCAGGUGGUGAAGAACUUACACCUACCUCGGUUCACGCUGGAGAAGUUCCUCACUGACUACUGCAACAGUAAAACUAAUACCGGUGAAUACAGUUGCCUGAAGGUAGACCUGCUGUUCAAACGCGAGUUCAGUUACUACCUGAUCCAGAUCUACAUUCCGUGCUGCAUGCUGGUCAUCGUCUCCUGGGUGUCCUUCUGGCUGGACCAAGGAGCUGUGCCUGCGAGGGUUUCACUAGGAGUGACGACUCUACUAACAAUGGCGACCCAGUCGUCAGGCAUCAACGCUUCCCUACCACCCGUGUCCUACACCAAAGCUAUUGACGUCUGGACAGGUGUAUGUCUAACAUUCGUCUUCGGAGCGCUACUAGAGUUCGCUCUGGUCAACUACGCGUCUCGCUCAGACAUGCACCGAGAGAACAUGAAGAAAGCGAGACGAGAGAUGGAAGCAGCCAGCAUGGAUGCUGCCUCCGAUCUCCUUGACACAGAUAGCAACACUACCUUUGCUAUGAAACCCUUGGUGCGCGGCGGCGUGGUGGAAUCCAAGAUGCGGCAGUGCGAGAUCCACAUCACCCCGCCGCGGAAGAACUGCUGCCGCCUGUGGAUGUCCAAGUUUCCCACGCGCUCCAAGAGGAUAGACGUCAUCUCCAGGAUCACCUUCCCCCUUGUGUUCGCUUUGUUUAACCUGGCUUACUGGUCGACGUACCUGUUCCGCGACGAGGACGAGGAGAAGUGAUUCUCCGAGUCCCUGGAGAGGGGCGUGGGGCCGCGCGUGCGGCUGGUGGCGGCCGUGGUGGCGCCCUACGUGCUGUUCGUGGUGUUCUACUCGCUGUGCUUCCGCGCGCGCCCCCCACCCCCGUCGCCCCCGCCCGCGCCCGCGCCCGCGCCUGCGCCCGCGCCCGCCCGUCGCAGCGCGCGAGCUCGCACGCAAGCACACCCACCCAGCCCACUCUAGCGAACUCAUCCCAUUCAUUAUCGUGACAUAUUAUAUUAUCGUGUAUUUUAAUCGACGUCUUCCUCGUGGCAGCGUUAUUCCCACUCAGUAUUCGAUGGCGUUAGUGUAAUUAGUAAAGCUCAAGUGUCUAUUUGUAUAUAUAUGUGACCCCGUGCCAGUUUAGACCAAGCCUCCGUUUUUUUCAAAUUGAAGCAGUUCAAGAAAAAACGGUGAAAAUAGACUCAAAUUAUGAUUGGUCAUCAAAACAACAGAACUUUUAUUCGGCACUUAUAAAGUCCCCAACUAAUUGUGUACAAAAAAAUAUUUUACUUUCCGAGAAUUAAAAAUUUUCGAUAAUUUUACCAGUGAUAUGACUCCUUGUAUGGAUUCGUAUGUAAUGUAAACCUAGGUUAAGAUAUAAGAGGAACCCCAGAGGUUCCCGCAUAAUACUUUAGCCUUUAAAGUAAGGUACGUAAGGACUAGAAUGGCACUAAUGUGUAGUGGAUGCGGGGUAUUAUUCAGUAGUUUUCACUUCUACAGUACGUGAACUGGACUAGAUCUACUAGCUAAUAGAGUUGAUCAAUUUUCAUGUCGACAUGUUCACAGGUAUUGUAUAAACCGCCAGAGAUUAACAGUUGUUGACAAUGAAACAGCAAGUACCAUAAAAUCUCUAUGCAAGAAUUUGUGCGAAUUUGCUAAUUAAAAAGUUAUGACUGUGUAUCUGUGGCAGGUGUAAUUGGCCUAGUAAUGUAUCGCGUAGGUAUCAUUUACAACACAUAUUAACUAUAAACCACAUAAUGUGAAAAGAAGGAAUUUAUAAAAAAACCUUAUUAAUUAUAUAUUAGAUAAGUAUUACUAAUUGGAUAUUCUCUUGCUGGGAAUUUUGAUAUGAAUGAUCUUUGAGAAUCUGCCGUCUGUCUGUCUGUCUAACAGACUAAAAGAGUUACCAGAAACGAAAUUUGAUGUAGUAUUGUCACAACUAGACAUGGCAAACAGGUAUGGUCAAAUACCUUUCCUACAUCGAAAGGGUUUAUUUCAACAACAAGAUUACUUAUAGUUCAUGGAUAAGGUAUUCUUUCCUGACAUUUUGACCAUGUUUUAAAAACUUCCAUUGUUCAAAAUGAAAUAAUCACAUGAAGUGUAUCUCUCUCAUUCAUGUUUGCGUAUGUCGAUGACAUUAUAAUAUCUCCGAAAUAAGUCUAACAAAAGAUAUUAAAAUUUCCAGUAAGAUUCGUAGGUAAAUGGUAAACGUGUAAAUAGUUGGGCCUACAACUUUCUACACCUGUGUCGCUCAGUGUACAGUUACCUAUAUUUAAUAUUACAAUUAUAUCAUUAUUAACGAAUGAUAAGAUUUUAUUAACAUUAAUUUCUCUGUCUGUACGUAUCACUGUAAAUAUUACUUAAUGUUUCCUAAUUACAUUAUUCGUACAUAUAUUAUAAUCCCUUGAGCUAUAGUUGCAAAGUACUCCAAAACUGCAAUAAAAAUAAAAUCUUUUUUUACUUACACCAAAAGUGAAUUCAUUCUGGUCGUCCUGGAUUCAUUGAAAGUUACUUUUAACUUUGAAUUCAUGGCUCAAGGGACAUUCUAAGGAUAUUCAUUGAAAUCUAUUUAGAAUCUCGUGUAUGUAUCAUGACACCUUCAAAUAAAAUAUCACUAAUGCUGUGUUCGGCUAUUAGAUACAAUAAGUCGUACAUAUUAACUUAAGCACAUUCGUUUUUAUUAUGCGGCGGAGAGAACGCAUCAGUUUCAAUAACGAAAGGUUGGCCAUCAUUGGCUAUAUCGUCUUGCUUGUUCUGCACAAAUAUAAGAGUCAAAGACUCGGGGGUAACCCCUGUACUUUGUAUACUAUCAUGAACGUUAUCCUUAUGUCGACAAGGCUCUGGGAAACGAAAUAGCAUUUUGUUUCAAUUACACAAUUCUUGCUCAUUUUUCUCUUCCGUCCUUUAAUUUGAAUUUAGGUGUUGCCCACCGUGCGCAAUACUCUAAUCGCUUAGAAUUAUCCUUAAUAUAUAUUGUCGGGCUGUGACGAGGUGUAGCAUCUGCAUUAUUAUAUUAAUGUAAUUUCGUUUGCCAUUCGUUGUAUGUAAGGAAAUAUUAGCCUAUGUCCAACGCUCAAAAUCUCAUAGACGUAUUAGGCACACGUAAGUGUUACCUUUUCGUAUGUAUGUUAAUUAUUGUAGACUCAAUGUCUUAGUUGUUGCUAUGUAUACUACGAUCCGGGGAGAUUGUAUCCAGUAGUUUACUCAUACAUAACGCCACUGAUAUCUUGUGGAGGAAAUAUUAUCUGCGAGACAAGUAGACAUUAGUUAAGUUUACAUAUUUACAAUAAAUGUUUCCAUUAUUAGGAUAUAUGGAUGUGUUACUGUUGAAAGCAGCUUCUCGAGGUACCACCAGUCAUUCGGAGAUACUUGUAGGAUUUGCAUUCGAUGAACAACUUAUAGUAAAACGAAGAUUUGACUGAGUUUAAACCGCAAGUCUUGUGGUCAAAAUUAUUAAAAACAUUUUCAAUACAUGUUGUACGCAUGUUUCUGUAAUUUCACGUUUAAUUGUAAAGUCAAUUAAAUCACUGUAUAAUAAUACAUUUUCAACAUAUCUGUCACUGUUAAGAUUUCGGUUGGUCCGACGACAGAAUUACUUCGCAACGUAAUGACGAUCCAGGCAAAACUAACAACUAGAUAGAUCUCUUACAUGUUUACGUUGUAUUGGAAGAGGUGAUGUAUGAAGGAAGGUAGGAUUAAGUAACACUGUAUAAUAUAUUGACCAUAAUUACGAUUUUAGACGUCAUAAAGGACGGUUUACCUCUUAAGAUUAUACAGUAAAGGUAGAUAGUUUCAUUCGUAAGCUAUGUUGUACUCGAUUGUUAUGACAUAGCUGAUGACUGAGCUUUGUCAUCUAAUGCAUCCGAGGGCGAAUACCUCCUUCUUCUAACCAUUCCCAUUUAAUUAUAAAGAAACAUUGUAAAAAAUGAUUUUAAUAAAAUUAUACCAAAAUA